GCACCUACCACUGGCCGCGCCGCGGAGGGGAGAGGCCGCGACCCUUCCCCUGCCGGCGGGCGACGCGCCACCACUCGUGCCGCCUCGGCCUGGCGCUAAAUUUAAAAACUUAACAGGCGCAGCUGGCUGGCUCCGGAAACGAAAGUAAAUUCGUCCCCGCGGGCCGCCUCCCGGGCUCUGCCGGCGCCUCGGCGCGCGGCCCUACCCGGAAUAGACCCUUCUCCCGCCAUUUUCCCCCGGCUCCUAGCAGGCCCCGCGCCCCGCGGGUGAGGCCUACCGCCGCCGGGCCUGCAGGCGUCGGGCUCGCGCCCCGCGGAGAACGCGGGCGGCAUGGACUGUGGAAACGGGGCUCGCGCCCGGCAACAUGUAUUCCUGCUUCCAGAAUAUUUAAAAGAUGCUUCAAAGAAGAUGAAAAGUGGGCUUAUGUUUGUAAAAUUGGUUAAUCCAUGUUCAGGGGAAGGAACCAUUUACUUGUUCGAUAUGUGUCUACAGCAGCUGUUUGAAAUAAAAAUUUUCAAGGAAAAACACCAUUCUUGGUUUAUAAAUCAAUCAGUCCAAUCAGGAGGUCUUCUCCACUUUGCCACACCCGUGGACCCUCUAUUUCUGCUUCUCCACUACCUCAGAAAGGCUGAUAAAGAGGGAAGGUUCCAGCCCCUAGAGCAAGUUGUGGUGGAUGACAUGUUUCCAAAUUGCAUCUUGUUGCUGAAACUUCCUGAUCUUGAGAAGUUACUUCAACAUGUGACAGAGGAAAAAGAAAUAGACAAAAAGAAAUAUUACAAGUACAGCAAGGAGAAGACAAUAAAGUGGCUGGAAAAAAAGGUAUAG